AUAAACCAUGAGCCGGUGGGUUGACUUCUGUCCAUGGUUAUGAGGCCCCAUCAUAUGAUUGUGGAUGUGGGGAUCAGGCUUCUUUUCCUGGUGGUUGGGUUUUUCAUGAGCAGCUCAGCUCAGUCAGUUGAAGAAUGCAGGCCUCUGGUCACACCUCUUCCUACUUUUGAACCGAGUUAUGGAAAGUGGAUCUUCAUCAUGGGUUGGAUUGAUAGUGAACCAUUUAAAGUAUUGUUCAGAUCAGCAAAGAGCCAGUGGAUUAAUUUCCGUGAGACACCGGGACAACCCAAGGAACUUGUUGAGGAUAUUGGGAUCAGGCAUCCUACAUAUUGCAAGUAUGGAUCAUCCCCUGUAACUCUUCAUAUGAACACUGCAGUAACUGACAAGACAAACUUCAGCUGCACAUAUCACUCUCUUCCAACCUGUGAGGGAUGUCUGCUGUAUACCGUCAACAGCAGAAACAACAACAAUUUACUUCCAAUUAUGAACAUCGUCAACCCCACAACCAUUCAUGAGGUCAAAGGCUAUCGAGCUUUUUACCUGAUGGCUAAAGAAAACCACGUCAAGCACUAUGACAUGAUGCAUACCAUGAAGCAGGCGAGGUGUCUUGGUUUCACAGGAGAACCAGACUUCAUCUACAACCCUGAGAAUUCUCUCUGCAGUAAUGACGAUGAUAAUGACGAUGAUGAUUGAAGCUAUUUUAGGAUGAAGUCAUAACAAACAUCCGGGACAAACAAUGCAAGCUUCAAAUUGUGGAAGUAAAAAAAGAAAAAGAAAAUGUAAAAUUAGUGGACUGUGUCUUUUUUUCAAACUAAUAUCGUGUUGGUCUGAAUAAUAUGUUUUGUUUUUGUCAAGACAUAUUUGCAAAAAGAGGAAUGGUAUGAUAUUUGGGGUUUAGAUUAAAUGUUAAUACACA